UAAGCCUCUUGUUCUUUCUUUGUUUUUAGCAGUGAUUCGACUGAAAAGCGGGCAUCACUGCGAUUCGAUCUAAACGUUCGCCGGUUUUCGUUGGAGUGUUCAGAUGAGCUCAGGAGCUGCAGUGCGACGGUCGCACCUCGAAACUUAGCGGGAUUUUGAAGUGUCAAAAACGAACUCUUUUCGCGUUUGAGUCUGAAUCCAAAGAGCUUUCGAGCCAACGAAAUACGUGAAAAGUUUAAGGCUCAUACUAAUCGGAAACUACAAGGCUCCAAAACUAAAUUUUAUUUGUUUUUCGCCUCGUACAUUUUGUCAACGUACCGACGGCAUUUUUUGUUUUUUAAGCCCGGCGACAGCCAACGACUGGGGAAACUAUGACACAUCAGGGUAUCGGCUGCCUGGUCAAGUGGUUAUAUCUGGUGCUGAUCGUGCACACGCUCCUCUGCAUCAACCAGCUCGAGUGUCGCCAGCACCACAAUCGGAAUAACAAUAACAAUAACAGAAGAGCGGACUCGGCCAGCUCAGAGGAGGGCCACAGCAGCACCAGCGAUGGCCUGGACAACUUUGCGGACCAGGACGCCAGCUUCGUUGGCCAUGGCCACCAGCCGCGUCGGGGCCAACGAAAGAAACAGCAGGGUGGUGGCGGUGGAGGAGGAGGUGGCGUCGGAAACGGAGGAGGCGGUGGAAGCCGGCACAAUCGCAACGAGGAGAGCGGCAUCUCGUUGUGGAUCAACGAGCAGCAGCUCAAAAUGCUUACAGCGCUCUACUUUCCACAGGGCUACUCGGAACGCCUGUACGCUAUACACAACAGCCGGGUGACCAACGAUCUGAGGGACACCACGCUGUACAACUUCCUGGUCAUUCCCUCGGAGGUGAACUACGUUAACUUCACAUGGAAGUCGGGACGUCGCAAGUACUUCUACGACUUCGACCGCCUGCAGACCAUGGACGAAAGCAUUUUAAAGGCGCCAACGCUGUCCAUUCGCAAGAGCGGACGCAUUCCGCAGGAGCAGAAGAAUUUUAGCAUAUUCCUGCCCUGCACCGGCAACAGCUCCGGCACCGCGUCCUUCAACGUCGGCCUCAAGAUCCAGACGCGCCACAACAAGCCGCUCUCGGGCACACCCAUUCGCCUCAACUUCAAAAAGGAAUGCGCCCACAGAGGUGUGUAUGAUAUAGACGCUUCCAACCCUACUUCACUAACAACUUUGCAAGCUCCCGAUCCAGAAUGCAGCUUGAAGUGCGGCAAGAACGGCUACUGCAACGAGCACCACAUCUGCAAGUGCAACGUGGGCUACACGGGCCAAUACUGCGAGACGGCCUUCUGUUUCCCGCAGUGCCUCAACGGCGGCAACUGCACCGCGCCGUCAGUCUGCACCUGUCCAGAGGGCUACCAAGGCACGCAGUGCGAAGGUGGUAUUUGCAAAGACAAGUGUUUGAAUGGCGGCAAGUGCAUACAGAAGGACAAGUGCCAGUGCUCCAAGGGUUACUACGGCCUGCAUUGCGAGUACUCCAAGUGUGUGAUACCCUGCAAGAACGAAGGCCGCUGCAUCGGCAACAACCUGUGCCGCUGUCCCAACGGACUACGAGGCGAUCACUGCGAGAUCGGGCGCAAGCAGCGCUCCAUUUGCAAGUGUCGCAACGGCACCUGCGGCUCCCACAAGCACUGCAAGUGCCAUCCGGGAUUCUAUGGGCGCCACUGCAACGGUCGCAAGCGACGCCAUGUCCACCGAAACAAUGACUCCAAGUUCUAGGGCUUCCGGCGCGGCGCACACGAUCCAAUGUAAUAUUCAUUCAACUUUUCACUUUUCUACUAAAAAAAAGCACGACAAGAACAACAGCAACAGCGACAAAAGGAAGAAACGAAAAUAAUUCUAAUUGUGAUACAUUUU